AUGCAGAACCCCUUCCCCCGCAAGAACCCCCCUCCCCACCGGAAAGAUGUAAAGCAGCAGAGGAUCACCCACCCCCCGCGCCAGGAUGCAGAGAGGUGGGAGAUCCCCUCCACGCAAAGACGCCCCCCCAAAAUGCCCCGGCACCCCGAGCCAGCCCCGCACCCCCGAGCCAGCCCCGCACCCCCGAGCCAGCCCCCGCACCCCGAGGCAGCCCGGCACCCCGAGCCAGCCCCGGCAUCUCGAGCCAACCCAGCACCCCCGAGCCAGCCCGGCACCCCCGAGCCAACCCGGCAUCUCGAGCCAACCCGGCACCCCCGAGCCAGCCCCGCACCCCCGAGCCCCAGCCCCGGCACCCCGAGCCAGCCCCGCACCCCCGCACCCCCGAGCCAGCCCCGCACCCCCGAGCCCCAGCCCCGGCACCCCGAGCCCCAGCCCCGGCACCCCGAGCCAACCCGGCACCCCCGAGCUAGCCCAGACACCCCCGAGCCAGCCUGGCACCCCCGAGCUAGCCCCGACACCCCCGAGCUAGCCCAGACACCCCCGAGCCAGCCUGGCACCCCCGAGCUAGCCCCGACACCCCCGAGCUAG